CUGGUGUUCUCAGAUCAGAUCCAGAGCCCCCUUCCGCUGCACACCUGCGUGUGUUCCGCCCCUUCUUGCAUUCGUGUGGCACAUCGGUGUGUGCUGGUCCCUGCAGAGCAGAUGAAACGCACAGAGGACAAGCAGUGUCUGCCGGCCGGCGGACGCCUCGACGGCCGUCACGUGGAGGUGCCGCGGGACGGGCCACGGAGCAAACGCCUUCCGGCCUCUGUUUUCAUAAGGACGGGGUUUGAGGAGGCCGAGGGACGGCACCAGGAGGGGACGUCUGCAGAUGUGGGUGCAGGGCGCCCCUUUGAAAGCGUGAGGAAGCGCGGUCCGAGCGCAGGCGGGGUGGUGGAGCCUCAGAGUGGACAGGGCCGGCCUCGCAGGGGCGCUGGAGCCCGGGCCUGUGUGCCCACCCGGCGCCUCUCGUCCCUGGUGCGGGCGGUGAGGCCUUGGCCGAGACGAUGGUGUGGAGAGUGGGUGAAGCUCCCUGGGGGUGCACGUGCUAACCCCCAGGCAGGAGGGGGCGGCGGGCGCAAGCCUGAGCAGCCCUCGCGGAUGCCCGCGGAGGGCCCCCAGCUGGUGGUCAGGGGUCUGCUGGGCGGGCGUCGGGCCUUCCGAGGCGGCCGUGUCGCGGUGCCCAGGGUCGGCUCCCGCGGGGAGGAACCCUGGGCGACAGGCGGUGAGCGGCGCUGCUGCAGGACUGGCCCGAGGUCUGCAGUCCUGGGCGGGCCCAGCCCCGGCAGACAGCAGCGGUGCUGA